AUGAGGCGUCGGUCUGGUCUCGCGCCUGCCCCGAUCGAGUUCCUGCCUCGACGAUUCUACCUGGUGGUGAUUCGGGAGCGAACGGCGUGCUCAAUUCAUCGCUUGAAGGACUCAAAUCGUGAUACGUUGCCAUCAUUAUCGAACUCACCAGAGCGGCAUCUCUUCCCAAGAACACCAGGCAUCCACUAUGUAUCACUCCAGGAACAGCUUUUACCCAGUACCCCAAGUAGCAGCGAUUUCGUGCUUGGCAUCCCUCAGACUAUGCGAUUCAACUCUUUCCUGACGGGCAUCUUAAUGCACUAUUUCUUCUUGCGAAGACGACAUCUUCGCGAAGAGAUCCAAGCGAUUCACCUCAUUUGCAGAUGGCGGCUUCUGUACCUCCAGCUUCCGCCCCAUGAAGCGCUGGCUCCGUUCGAACACCUGCCCUAUCUUUUCUCAUCAUAUCUCUCGUCUUCAGACCCAUUUGACCCGCCAAAUCUGCUGGUGUCACUUGUAGGAAUAGCCAAAGGUCUGGAGAAGGAACUCUUGGGUCAACUUGGUGGCGACAGGGCGAAUGAACAACUUGAAGCCUUAAAAAGCACGAUGUCAGCUCUCAGGCAGCGAAAAGUUUCACUGGUGGUGAAUCUCGGGAAAUCCAGCACAGAGCUGAGUACUUUCACUGCGGAAGGGCUGGAAGCGCUCGACAUUUCAUCAUCUUCCACGCCGGUAUCCUCGAUGCCACUAACUGACAAGCUUCCACCAUCGGAUGAAGCACUGGUAAAUCGAUUUCUCGAAGCUUGCGAAGGUACCGAAGGUCUCAUCGCAGUCAACACCUCAAGUGGUUCUGGUUGCGUGUCAGCGGCUACGUGUAUCGGGUGCUACUUGAUGAAGCACUCGAACUUCACCUCGCAGGAAGCAAUAGGAUGGCUUCGUUUUUGUCUUCCUGUGAGAAUCCCCUUAGCUUGGGAGCUCUUUCUUGGCCAGAUGCAGUCACAAAUGUGGUUGGAGGGGGAAAGAUUCCGACGAGCUAGAGAAGGCGACUUCCGCGACGAAAUAGCCGACACGUUGUUCAGCGACGCGAUGCAUAUCAACAUCGGGAAGAUCAGUCUUGGACGUGUAUCGCUUCUCGGCACAAGAGAUCGAGACAGACAUCGAGCCGACCCUCACGCCGCGAACAUCCCCGUCACCACGUGUCUCUCCAGUCGCGCGCAGGAGCCUCACCAGUCCCCAACAGCAGCAACAACCACGGCCCAACUCAAACGGCGACCGCUUACCCAAGGCAGCGCUGGUAGUCGACGGUAUCACCGCAGCACAGACGGCACCAGCUUACGCGCCGACUUCGCGCUAAUGCACAAAUUCCUCCACCAAACGCCCUCAACAAGCACUCGAUCAUCAGCAACAAGCUCAACCUUCACUACAACUCCUCUCCACGCCGUCCCAUCCCGUCCGAAAGCUUCUGCUCGGUCACCCGACGGUUCUCCAGCCAACUGUACUGAAGCUCUUGCAUGA